GAACCUGAUGUAACGGGACAUUGUAGCCAGGUGUGCUGUAACAUCACAAGCCUAAAAAUUCACGAGCGGCCACAAGAAGAUAAUAAUAAAGUUAAUUCUCUCAACGAUGUUAUGAUCCGAGAGGUCAUAGAAUUAGACCAGUGAAAUAUUUCAGACAAAAAUUUCACAGAACCAUGAACUUCCGGUCAACAACAUGGCUGUCCCGUGGCCUGCUGACCCUGUUGUACAUGACCCUUCAACCAGUCUCUUCUACAAACCAAACUGAACAGACAGCGACAUCUAGCGAGGUUCAAAGUUCAACAAACGUUUCCUCAGUAAAUAUCGCGCAGUUCCAGCAGUUUAAAAACAACGACAGUGAUUCGCAUGAUUCUGCUCAAGAUGAGACUCCCGUGCUACUAAUGGACCACGUCCAGAACGUAGAUCAGGAUUUUGGUUGUCCAUCUGCCUGCACGUGCUCUAGAAAUUCUAGUGCUCACGUGACUAUUGAGUGCACGAAACUCGACACGUUGCAGACCGUACCUGGCAUGGACAAGGUCAAGGCUGCUGAAGUUGUUCGGAUCGUCAUUGAAAAUCAGCCUCGACUUAUUUCCCUUGGACGAGACGAGUUACAGAACUUCACUAAUCUAAAGCGUUUGGUAAUUAAACGGACAGGUUUAAAAGAAAUCAAAGACGACGCAUUUCGUGAUCUUAAAGCACUGCAAGAAUUGCAUCUAAGUGAUAACGUUUUGCAGCGGUUCCCAAAACAAUGGAUCCAGGGUCUGGUCCUGAAAGAUCUAAAUUUAGACGGCAACAUACUAGCAGACUGCCAGUGUGGGGAUGCAUGGUUGUGGGACUCCAACUUCACACGGCACCAAAACCUGAGCUGUGACGUCAAUGAUCCAUCCAGCACUGAUCGGUUCAGCUGUGUCGCGGCCCAGUACCAGGUGCCCACCGUCAGGAGGCCCUGUGCUGCACCACGUGUCAACGCAACAGUUACAGCCACGGAGCACAGAAUAGAAUACGUCAUAUCCGGCAUGCCCGUGCCUCGUAUACACUGGUUACAAAAUGGCCAGUAUAUCGACAACGGACCUGGCAUCUACUGCAAAAAACUACUGACCAAGUCAGGACUAGUUCUCGUGGUCUUACAAGUUGAAGAUGAAAUGCGAGAGUUAGGGAACCUGACGCUGGUGGCAACCAAUAGCGAGGGCUCACAGGCGGAAACUGUCAUGGUCGUUGGUGGAUUUUUUGAUCAAGGUCAAGGUCAAGGAGGUCACAACGACAGCGCCGGCCUGAAGGAAAUCAACAUAUCGCAAAUCUCCUCUGAGCUCGUCGUCUCCUUCGUGGUCGGCAUCUCUGCCACUGUGGUCACCUUCAUGCUGGUCCUCUGUCUGUACCGCACCUGGAGGUCAAAGUUCAACCUCAUCACCCGAAGAAAACACCACCUGCCGCCGCCCACGGGGAAAGGCUUGGACAGCCAGGAGAGGGUGCCCAUGAAAGGGCUACAGUUUGUGGAUAACCCGAACUAUAAGCAGACCAUCAACUACUAUCACUCUUUCAAAAACCUGGAACUCCAAAGUCUUAAACUCGUGAAAGGAAUCGGCGAGGGAGCCUUCGGUAGGGUAUUCCUGGGCACGUGCACUAGCGCCACCAAUGAGGAAACAGUUACGCUGGUGGCGGUGAAAACCCUCAAGGGAGAGAACUGCUACAAGCUGCAGGAGGAUCUGGAAAGGGAAGCGGAAGUGCUGUCGACUAUGGAGCACAAAAACAUCAUCACCUUUUACGGGGUGUGUCGCGACAACGGCCGUUUGCUGCUGAUCUUUGAGUACAUGGAGAACGGAGAUUUGAAUAAUUAUUUGAGGACCCACGGUCCAGACAGAUUCAUCUUCUUCAAAGACUGCCAACCCGACAGCCAGGAGCAAUUAAAUCAAGACGAACUAAUGUCUAUAGUCAUACAGAUCGCCAACGGGAUGGAAUAUUUGGCCUCUCAGCACAUAGUUCACAGGGACCUGGCCACCCGAAAUUGCCUGGUUGGAAAAAAUUUGGUUGUAAAAAUAAGUGACUUCGGCAUGUCGCGAGAUGUUUACACAACCGACUACUACAAGGUCAACGGCUCGGCCAUGGUGCCGGUCAGAUGGAUGUCACCAGAGACCUUCAUGUACCGGUCCUUCACCCUCGAGUCUGACGUUUGGAGCUUUGGUGUCGUCAUCUGGGAGAUCUUCACCUACGGCAAACAGCCGUGGUAUGAGUACAGUAACGUCGAGGUGAUAGAUCAGAUUAAGAACAGCCGAAUUCUAGAACAGCCUUCAUGUUGUCCGCAUGGGGUGUACAGCAUCAUGAUGGGCUGCUGGAAGACCAACCCACAGGAGCGACUGACAAUGGCCGACAUUUGUAAACUCCUGCAAAAAGAGCGGGACACCAGCUAUCUAGAGAUUAUUGCCUGAAGGGGACCAUGGAGCUUCAGCACGGCAGCAUGCAUGAGACACGCCUUCUACGUACUGUUCAUCUGCCAGAUUGCAUUUUGUCACACCAUUUAAACUGAUCAGAAUGACUUUCAUGUCACAUCAUGUGCUACGUUUCACAUGUGUCAGUCAAUCAUUGUAACAUUAUAUUCCUUUUUGCAUUUUCUUGUCAAAAUGUAUGUGCACAGAGUUUCUUCCAGGCAUCUCUUUGGUAAAUUUUUUUACCGCCCCC